AGCUUCACGCUAAUAUCGUCGGUCGACCCGUACARUAGUCUCUCCGGUUGCGUUUACCAAUUAACAUUAUUACCAUUUUUUUUUAUCUAUUUAAUUUUUGUAUUAUACCGUUUUUUUUUUGGAUAAAAAACACAUCGCUAAAUUUACCGAAAACGACGUGUGUACGAAAAUGAUAAUACUACGUUAAUAACGCGUUCGAUUCGUGUCCGGCGUCGAUCUCGUAUAAGUUCCGAUGGAGUAAUCGUAGUUUUGAUAAAUAAAAACAAAAUGACGUCCAUCGCGUCAACUUGAACAACCUGAUAUUUUUAACUUAACAAAAUGGUAAAACGUAUUAGUAAGCACCAUUAUGUGGCCACACCCGGCAGCAGCAAACCCUACCACAGAUCAUCGGAGACGCUACCAUAUGUGCACAGAGGAUAUUCCACAGAUGGUGAAGACAGUCAAAGAACUUUGUCCGAGUACACGAUCGCCACAGACAGACCGUCGUCUCGCGGUCAACGGACGCCACCCAGGUCGAAGAGGUCCCGAAGUCUGGAGAGGCCGUCCAGCAGCUCCCGGGCCAGGUCGGCGGCCAGCCACCAUGAUUCGGACGUUUACGUGACCAGCGCUGCUUACAGGCCACCGUCCGAAAUGAGUCGAGGAUCUCAUUACACCAGCAGGAGCAACAGAAGUAGAGGGCCGGCACCCAGCCACUACUCGUACCGGAGCAACGGUCUUGCCCCCUCCGAAGUGUCGACGGUCAAGUCCAAGAUCACGCGCAAACCAGGCGUCACUAUUGAGACCAUGUCGGCGCCGAAUCCGUUUUGCCCGAACACCAAGGGUAUGUGCUGCCUGAUGCUGCUGCUCAACCUGGGACUCAUAUUGGUCACGUUGGGUUUCGUCAUCGUUAUACAAUUUUUCGAACCGAUGUUCGUGUGGGUAUUGGGCAUAAUAUUCCUCAUUUUCGGCUUCUUGACACUCAUGGGCAGUCUAAUCUACUGUGUGACGGUGUGCAGGGACGCUAAGACACCCAAGGAGGUAGCAAUGCAAAAUCACUACUGGACUCAUCAUUGGCAAAAGAGCUUUGGUGCCACACCAGAAAUACAUUACAAGACGGAGAAAUAUCCGCCACAGGCUGUGCACCACUCGGAYCAUGACGAGUACAGCGAUCGAUUUUCAAUUGGCAAACAAUCGGACAGGCACAUGCACGGACACAGAUACUAAUCACUUGAUUAAUCAUAAAUGUACAUAAAUGUUGUAAUGUGUUUUUUGUAAGCUGUAAAUAUUUUAAUGAAGUAAUUUUUGUCAAUCAAUACCAAUAAUAGGUAGUGAUUAUUAUAAUCUGACACCCAUGUUUAUAAUAUCAAAUGUAUAAUAUAAAAAUAGGUAAUAUUUUAAUAAUUAUUACUAAUCAUAUAAACU